AUGGCUACCGAGACGCUGAAGAUCAGCGAUGGCACCACCAUGGAGAUCUGCAGACUCCCAGACGUGGAUGACGAAACAUGGGCGGAGGUUCGUGCCUACGUCGAAGGCAACCCAGAGACCGCAAAGUCCCUGAAGAGCUUUGCAAAGAAUCCGGACGCCAUGAGAGGUUGGCUGCAGACCCAAGCCAUCGCGGAGCACUACAGCAACAAGAUGGCCAGUGGCGACACGCCCGUCCAGGACAAGGUCAAGUCUUUGGAGAAAGACCCCGAGUUGGCCUCCAUCUUCGAAGACAUCAAGAAGAAUGGCAUGGAAGCCGUCAUGAAGUACUACCAAGACGAAGACCUCAUGUUAAAAAUCAGCCAAAAGAUGGGUGGCUUGCCUUCCGAGCUUCAGCCGGUUCUUCAGAAGAUUGAAGACACCUCGCUGACCCUCCACGAGGCAGCCAAGAAAGGGGAUCUCGCAGCCGUCCAGCAGUUCUUGGACAAGAACAAGCCCCUCGAUGCGCAGGACUUCAAGGGGAUCACUCCGCUUGGCUAUGCCAUUGGUGCCAACCGCAUCGCCGUGGUGAAGAAGCUCUUGGACAGCAGGGCAAACCCAUACGCUGUGGACAGCUCCGGUAACUCCGGGCUUCACUACGCCGCCGGUUACGGCAGAAGGGAGCUGGUCGAGUACCUCCUGAAGGUCGGGGCCAAUGUCAGCCAACCCAACGUGCAGGGCAUGACACCACUGGCAGUGGCCACACAGAACAAACAGGAGGCGACCAUGCAGAUCCUGAAGGCGCACGGAGCACAGUGA